AUGGAACGCAGAGUAGGGCAAAUCUUUUGCGGAUUGGCUUGGAGGCUUCCGACGCUCUCUGGGGACCCGGGACCCCCUAGUAGUACUGAUGGCACAUCGCCUUCACAGCCAGAGUUGAGCUUUGUGGUGGAGGGCGCCGCGCAUGGUCAAGGCUUUUCUGCGAUGCCACCGGCGGCCAAUACGCCAGAUUUGUUUCAAGUGGCCCAAGCGAAGGGCAAGGAUUCCCUUGUGGAUUUGGUAAAACAAAUUCGUGCCCGAGAGAUGCUCAUACUGGAUGCGUUGAGGAAGCGGGCAGAAGCGCAGAACGCGCAUUGA